UAGCACACGAAAGAUGGAAUUGGAUUUCUAAACUCCUUAUCCCUCUAAAAAACGCUGCAGUGGAGAUAUUCAGAGUGCUUCGUCUGUAUCAAAGAUUUAUGUAGCCUCUAUUUUUUGAAUGCCUAAAAAAUCAAACCGUAGCGCACUGUUGUCUUCAAAGUUUCUUUAACCUGGAAUAUGUGCUAUCAUCAGCCGCUCCACAGUAAGAAUAUUUUUUAAAUAAGAUAUGACACUCUUCUUCUGGAAUGAUUAAUUUUUUAUUACUAUAUUCGCAUUCAUAACGAUCAUUAACAGCGGAUAACCUAUGAAGACAGUUGCACAGAUUAUGAAGUUAUCCAGCUGCCAUUCGACGUUGGACAUAGCCAUCGUCGUAACUAGCUAGGAGAAAGCAUCCUUGAUGUCUUUGGGAACUCGGCAAAAAAGGCAAAGUGUACUCUUUUAACUUAAAACUCAAGCUUUCGAUAGUCUAUGCUAUCAUCAUCAGGUGUGAAUCGGCGAGAUUGUUGCUGAAUUGUUCUUAGAAGAAAGUGGAUGAGACCACAUAGUGAAACGUUAAAAAGACAGGAUGUAUGUGGUUCAUUUAUAAAUAUUAUUUGAAAAAUCAUAGCUGUUUUUUCAAAAAACCACUAGCAGACUUAAAAGAAGUCUGUCGGCCUGCUGAACACGUGUCGAACAUGUGGAGGUUCCACAAAGAUGAGUUGUAGGAAAGUUUCAAUAAAAUUAAUUGAUCUUUGAUUCUUUCAAGUCUGUUAGUGGUUUUAUGAAAAACACAUCCAGUUUUUUGAUCGUUUUACUAUGUGGUCUCAUCCACUGUCUUUAAGAAUUUAAAAAAUGUUUGGUUGACAUUGUCUCGAAAAAUUACAUUUUUUCAAGUAGAUUUGGCAACAGUCUAUAACACAGACACACAUGUUCCAGCCACUGACCUGUCACCUAUCAGCCAAUGUCAACUGUCAUGUUUUCUUCUUGUUUCCGAUCGUUUUGUCCCGUUAAGCAAUAAGAUUGUUUUCUUACGUUCUCAAGUUUUUAAUCCGUUGUGAUGUUUUGCUGACGCACAGUUGUGUGUAUUUUACGACUGUUACCAUGUAUCCAGCUUUCAUCAGGCUACUGAAUGUUCUCAUUAAGUUAGUUAAUGAUAACAUUUAGCAACAAUAUCACCUACUGUUGCUGGCUGGGGUACUCGAAUGAAAAAAUCAAUCAAUUAGCUCAGAAGUAUAUGGAUAAAGGAUUUAAUGCCUUCAAAGUAAAAGUGGGUAAGAAUUUAUAUGAAGAUAUCAAGCGUCUGGAGUUUAUAAGGAAUAUCAUCGGUUGGAAAAGAACUCUGAUGGUGGACGCCAAUCAAGUCUGGGAAGUCCAAGAGGCGAUCGACUGGAUGCAACAGCUGGCCCAUUUCAAACCACUCUGGAUCGAGGAACCGACUUCACCGGAUGAUGUUCUGGGUCACGCCCAAAUCGCUAGAACCUUGAAGCCAUUGGGCAUUGGCGUUGCGACUGGAGAGAUGUGCUGCAACCGAGUGUUGUUCAAACAGUUCUUGCAAGCAGAAGCUCUACAGUUCUGUCAGAUUGACUCUGCUAGGAUCGGAGGAGUUAACGAAAUACUGUCUGUGUAUCUUAUGGCUCAUAAGUUAGGAGUGAAAGUAUGCCCUCACGCAGGUGGGGUAGGUCUUUGUGAGAUGGUUCAACAUUUGCAAAUGUGGGACUAUGUGGCGUUAUCAGGUUCAUCUGAAGGCAAAUAUGUCGAAUAUAUUGACCAGCAACAUGAGCACUUCGUAUAUCCAUGUAUUGUCGAAAACGCUCAUUAUUUAGCUCCUAGGGAACCCGGUUACAGCACAGAAUUCAAGAAAGAAGCACUAGAAAAUUAUGUCUAUCCCAAUGGAAAAGAAUGGGAGAGCAUGUUCGAAAAAGGAAUUUUCAGUGACCCAAGGAAAACUAGAAUAUAAAAUAAAUGGAAUCCUUACAUAACAUACAAAAUAUAAGUUGUACAAUCGCUUUACUUGAUUGAAAAUAGUAAAAUAGCCACUGUAUUCUAAGUACGCUUCAUAAAUCUAAAACUAUCCAGUUUUCUUUGUUUUUCUUUCUGAUUAUCUGUUUCAGAUUCCGAUGUCUUACGUUUUUCACCGGUCUCUCUAUUUCCAGACGUUUCAUGUGUAUCUUUGCUUUCCAAAUUUACGCCUGCAUAUUUAUCAGUUAGACUUAAAGGAUUCGAAAUUUUAUUCUGUGCUUUCUUCAAACUCUUCAGAAAGCUACAUUUUGUUUUGUUUUCUUUUAGCGUAGCUUCUGAAUUUAUUGAAUCCUGAAACAGCAAUUUUAUGGAUUGUUGAAAAGAUAAGCCAGUGCAAGCAUAAACGAACUAAAAUUGUUGCAUCUCUAAUUCGACUAUUUCCAUCUGAAGGAAGUCCCAGUAAUAAAUAGUAAAAGCUUUUGUAAGAAUCUAAUCACAGACGAAAAUACCGGUUUGCGAAAUAAUUGUAUAAUCUGCUUUUAUUUAUAUAAGUUGUUCAAGGGGGUACACCAAUUUUUGUGGGAAAACUUUUUAUUCGACAACAAAGAAUUCAGUUCAAUUGAAUGUGUUGGCAGCAACGGGAAAGCUCUUCAAAUAAGAUUUUUAGGAAUUUAUGAGACCACACGCACACGAAGACACAAUUAUGUUUCAAACCGUCUUAGACUAGUUAGUAUGUA